AUGAAAAUCAGAAGGUAUAAGAGAGCGCAGAGGCAAAUAUCGGUGUUUCGUUACAAUUUCGGUUUUAGUCCGCCAUUUCGGAUAUUAAUAGACGGAACUUUUGCUGUGGCAGCUUUGGCUAACAAGAUAAAUUUACGGGAACAGCUACCAAAAUAUCUCGCCGAGGAAGUAAUAAUUUGCGUUACUCCAUGUGUACUAGCGGAACUUGAAAGGCUUGGCACUCCUGUCUACGGUGCUCUUCAUGUUUGUAAGCAGUUUCAAGUCGAAGUAUGUCCGCAUAAGCCAUUGAGAAGUGCGUCUGAUUGCAUUUGCCAUUUGGCUCGUCGAAUGAAGAACAGGACAAAGUAUUUUGUUGCGACUCAGGACUAUUCGUUAACUGAAAGGCUGCGGCAAAUAGCCGGUGUUCCCAUUUUGUUUAUAAAAUACAAAGGGAUCUUGAUUGAUCGAGCUAGCGAGGCGACAGUAAAGGCUAUGGAAACUCCAAAGGCGGAUAUAGAUGCUAUAAAAGAGUUGAAAAAAGAAGUACUUGGUGUAGAGAAGAAAAUUAGAAAAAAGAAAAAAGCGAAAGGACCUAACCCACUUUCUGUGAAGAAGAAGAAGAAGCGAGUAGUUGUCCACAUUGCUAGUGGCGCGAAAACAGCAAACGGGAAGCGUAGGCGAAAAAGGAAGGUUCAGAAGGAUGAAACAAACUGA